AAGGUACCAAUGAACUCUGGGAAAGUGGGAGAAGGCGGAUCCUUCAAGGGAAAGGAGCUGAAGCUACGUGCCUGACGUCGGGCUCCCGGCAGCCUAGCUGUGAAGGUGAUGAAGGUGCCCAGUACAAUGCAGACGAGUGAGUUUGACUCAUCAGAUGAAGAGCCAGUUGAAAAUGAACAGACUCCAUUUCAGGUAUCAUGGCUACCCUUAUCCCUUGUGAAUUGUUCUCAGUUUCUAGGUUUAUGUUCUCUCCCAGGCUGUAAGUUUAAAGAUGUUAGGAGAAAUCUCCAAAAGGACGUGGAAGAACUAAAGAACUAUGGUAUACAAGAUAUAUUUGUAUUCUGUACCAGAGGAGAACUGUCAAAAUAUCGGGUACCAAACCUUUUAGACUUCUAUCAACAGCAUGGAAUCAUCAUUCACCACCAUCCCAUCCCAGAUGGAGAUACCCCUGACAUAGACCGAUGCUGUGGAAUCCUGCAAGAGCUUGCAGUCUGUCUUGAAAAUAAUCGGAAAACGUUAAUACAUUGUUAUGGAGGACUUGGGCGAUCUUGUCUUGUAGCAGCUUGCCUUCUACUGUACUUAUCUGAUACAGUAUCACCACAACAAGCAAUUGACAGCCUUCGAGACUUAAGAGGAUCUGGUGCCAUACAGACCAUAAAGCAAUACAAUUAUCUUCAUGAUUUUCGAGACAAACUGGCUGCACAUCUGUCAACAAGAGACUCAGUAUCAAGAUCUGUAUCUAGAUAAAGAACAAUAUCAAUUUCUCACACAUAAAUAAGAUCCUUUCUGAAAUUUUAUGUAGUCAUCAGAAAUUUAUUAGUGUAACCAAUUCUAAUGAAAACAUGCCUGUACAGAUAUAUUCCUAAAGUUUUUUGAGUUGUCAAUUUGUGUUCUUAUUUAGGGAUAUUUGAUGCAUAAAAAUCUGUUUUAUAUUACUGUAUGAUUGUAUUCAGCACCAUUUAGAUACUUGUCAUGAUCCCUAUGUAGUUCUAAUUUAAUAAGAAUACAAACUACCCUGGGUCCUGAGUAGAAGACUGGAAAUUCUUCCUAGGUAUCUUGAUUCUUGAUCUUUCUUGAUCCUGGUUUACUUGCUUUUAAUGGUUUGUAUGCUUUAUGUAAUAAUGUCCUUUUUUUCCCUCAUCAGAAUCCUGUUCACUUUUCUAUUUUUGAACUUUAAAAUUAUAUGAAUAUUACUUUUCGUUAAAGUUUGCUUACUGCUCAUUUUAACCAAUCUAGAUUUAAUCUCAUGCAUUAAAGAUAACUAAAUUAAGAAAAUGUAACCUAAUUCAACAUUCCUUCUUAAAGCAAUUAAAGUAUCCUGUUUUAAAUUAUGCUUCCCAAACUCUCAAAUGAACUUUAGACAUAAAAGACAACAUAAUUUUUAGUUUUUACAUAAUAUUAAUUGGCUAUAGGUAGUAAUAUCAUAUUCUAUAAGGUAUUGAUAUGUCUCCAAAGUAUAAUUUAUUUACACUGUACUUUAACAUCUAGAAACUCCAAAGGAAAUCUUUGUCUAUCAAAUAGUCUUUAACAACUAAAGCACAUCUUGCUACUGGAUAAUUGUAGUUUUUUAGAAGUGUUUCAAAAUAAUUGUGUUUUCAAGAACUAUAAACCACAAAACCUGUUUCAUGAACAAAACUCAUUACAUUAGUGUAUUUUAAUUAGAAAGUUGUACUAAGGAACAUAUUAAAAAAUUACAUAUCCUAUUAAUAUUCAAGUGAAAGUCCUAAGAACUUAAAUUACUCUCUCAAACCAUACAUUACCAAAAAUCAAGGGCAUUUUUGAACAGUGAAAAGUACAAUGGAAAUUUCAUUGCAGAGAUUUCCUAAGAAAUGACAUUCUGCAUUUUGAACAGAAGUACAUCCUGUACAUCCUAAACAAACUUUUAACAGCAAAUAGCUUUAAAUCUUCAUUUUGCUUUCACAUAGUAUAAAUUAUGCUGCCACUCUUCUAUUCUGGAUAAUAAAUAUAAUGCCAUUGGUUAAAUAAGGUCAACUACAUACUUAUUUUUAUAUGUUUCCAUUUAAAUGUCAUUUUUAUAUUAACAUGUAGAACCCACAGCUAAAUUAUUUUAAACAGUAAGCAAAUAUAACUUUCUGUAUAAUAGAACACAAGACCAGAAACUUAGCACUCCACAUACUGCAAGCAUUUGGAGUUAGUGUAUGAUAUGAUAGCUGGUUAACUGUAGCUUCAUAACAUGGAAGACACAAUCAAAAUGGGAGCAGGAAGAGAAAAAAAAAAUCUGAAAGAUUUAAUAAUCCACAAGCCAAAUAAGUAACUGCAUUUUAAAUAUGUGGUGCCACUAACAUAAACCACACAAACCACAAAUACUUUGACAGUUUUUAUUAAAUAUACAAAUGCAGAAUAAAUUCAUUGAGCUAUAAGGACCAAUUUUAAGUGCAAAUUCUCUUUGGUCAUAUAUAAAACCUUGUAAGCUUAAAACUUGAUAAUUUGCUUUAUGUAAUAAUGUCCUUUUAUAAAAAAAUGCUAAAAUAAACUAUAAUUUGUUUUGUCAGCCUCCA